GAAGAUACACGGCCCACGCCACCGAUUUCAGUCACGGAAAUCUGUCACACACCGAUAACUUUCGGUUCUUGGGCGUGAAAGUUGGACUUCGCUGUGGCCCUGUGACACGAAACGCUGAAUGACGCUGGGCCGUUCAGACUGACCGGAGACAGGCCGCGUGCACAACCAUGGCGACCCCUCAGCCAAUCAGUGAGCGGGAGAUCGGUGAGAUGAGUUCCAUGCUGCCGUCUGGCGUGGUUUCCGUGGUGAUGGGCCAGGUGCAGGGCAUGCUGGAGCAGGCUGACUCCGCCUCUCUGGACAUCGCCGUGACCGGGGAGGCGGGAGCAGGCAAGUCCUCCUUCAUCAACGCCUUCCGCUGUCUCCGUGACGACGACCCCGGCGCCGCGGAGACGGGCGUCACGGAAACCACGCAGAGAGCCACCGCGUACGCCCACCCCACCGCUCCAAACGUGCGUCUGUGGGACUUGCCGGGAAUAGGGACGCCGACGUUCCGCCCGGAACGCUACCUGGAGGACGUGGACCUGCUGCGCUACGACUUCUUCGUCGUCCUGGCCUCCGAGCGGUUCCGCGAGUGCCACGCCCAGCUGGCCCACGCCGUCUCGCGGGCCGAGAAGCACUUCUACUUUGUACGCAACAAAGUGGACCGAGACCUGCAGGCCAACGCUCGGCGUCGACGAGGCCCGCAGUCCAGGACCGACGCAGACGUUCUGCGGGAGAUCAGAACAGACUGCUUGGAGAACCUGAAAAGGGCAGGGCUGAUGGAACCGAAGGUGUUCCUGAUCUCCUGCUUCGAGCCGCAGAGCUUGGAUCUGCCCCUGCUGCAGAGUAGUCUGCUGGGGGACCUGGAGGCUCUGAAGAGGCGCGCCCUCGUCCUGUCCCUGCCCAGCUCCACCCCCUGCCUACGCCACCACAAGAGACAGGAGCUGGGUGCGGAGUUGUGGAAAGUAGUCAUGUCUGCCUGCCUGGACGGCUUCACCCGCGGCGAUGCCCUCGGCGGAGCAGUGCCCAAGCUUAUGGACACACUGCGGGGGUACCAGAGGAACUUCGGCCUGGACACGGCGUCUCUGCAUCGCCUGGCAGCCAUGACGGGCACAACAUAUGAGGACCUGUAUGGUGAGGUGAGGUCGUCGUUGGGUCGUGAGCUGGUCUCCGGGACUCUGGAGCGGCUGCUGUCCCAGCUGGGCCCGGCCCCUCAGGUCCUCAUCAGGCAGCUGGAGAGCAGGGUGCCUGUGCUGGGGUCCCUGGUGUCGGGAGGCCUCUCCUUCAUGGCUGGCUAUUACCUGCUCAGCACCGCACUCACAGACCUCAGCCAGGACGCAGAGAGGGUGAUGCGGAGAGCCCUACAGACAACUCAACUUGUUAGCAGCUUAACUUAGCCAUUUUAAACCCUACCAGGAAAAGAAACAUUUCUGGCCAUCUAUGAUCAUUAUGUGGUCCCAGGAGGUACUGGUAUGCUAACAAUGACUUCAUUUCAAUAGCAGCCAGAAUUAAAGUCAAAUCCCUCAAUUGCUAGAUCCUUGGUAUCUUAAUUCCAUUCCACUGUGGUCCUCUGAUGAAUGUAUACUAUCUCGGCCUUCCAUCAACAUUAAGAGGUCACAAUUACAUCUCUUUUCUUCAGGGAUUCUGCACUGGUGGAAUGAUGCUCUUUGUGCCAGAGAAAGCUUUGAGAUCUUCAAAACAUACCCACUCGUAUACAGACUCAUCUGUUUACCUUGUAUGUAGUAAAUUAACUCUCCUUACAGAGGGUUUGCAUAUGUGUAAGGUUAUGGUUAUUAUUCCACUAAAUUCUAUUUAGUUCAUCUCUAAGAUUGGAAGACUUUAACUAAUAUUGCUACUUGAAACUGUUCGCUCUAAAGUUAAUGUAAUGUUUAUUGAUUGAUUGUAAGUUGCCUUGUUGUAUUUAUUGUAAGUCGCCUUGGACAAAAGCACCUGCCAAAAACUAUAAAAAUAAAUGUGAACGAAAACAAAAUAAAGUGUCAACAUUGUU